AUAUAUAAGGAUAAUAAUAAUCAUGUAUAACAAAAUAGAAUAUUUUCUUAACUUAAGUUUAACAGAGAUUUUGGUAUAUCAAUUGUAGCCAGCAAAAAUACUCUGUCCAUCAGGAUUUUAAAGGCUUUUCUGCUCCCUGUUACAGUAAUAUCCUCCAGUUUCAUGAAAGCGUUUUUAGUUCAGAGCACACACAAACAGUUAAACUAGAGGGGGAGAGUUCUGACAGAGGUUAUUGUCUUCAACUCAGCAGGGAAUUUCAGACAAAUCCCUCUUAGAUGCAGGUGGUCAGGCACAAGCAAAGAGUUAAGUCCUGCGGUCUCUUCGCCCCUCCUCUUUGAUGUUCUGACAUCAUUAGUCCAGCCCCCCGAAAGAUCUCCCUGCCUUCCUCCGAGCCCGUCACUUCUACUCUGGAAUGUUUACAGCAACUUCAUGAGCAGCAUCAGGACCAAGUGUUUAUCAGAGGAAAAAAGACAUGCUCUGAAGAAACUUUUGGUUCAGGGAUCACAGUGGAUGCCACAGGUGUAGCCGCCGGGCUCAACAGAGUAAUGGCUGUUCAGACUGCAAUCAUGAACCCUCAGUUCAUGAAUUUCUGCUUCCCUGGUUCUGUGAUGGAGUACGAUGUGGAGAAAAGUCUGGAUGGGAGUCUCCUCGGUGAGGCAGAAAAUGAUGAGGACUACAAAGAGACCACUAGGGACUUGCUGAGCUUCAUAGACUCAGCCUCCAGCAAUAUCAAGCUGGCUCUGGACAAGCCUGUGAAAUCCAAGAGGAAAGUCAACCACCGGAAGUAUCUCCAGAAGCAGAUCAAAAGGUGCACGGGCAUUAUAACUCCGGGAAACGUAGCAGAGCCCCCGGUUAAAAGACAGGGCUCCCCCCUGGCUCAGCCCUUGCAGAGCAAACCUCUGCCCAAACGUGAUGGGGUCCAGGCCAACUUACAGAGCAAGAGUUUGGCAGCCCUCUUCAGCCCUGUGAAGGAUAUAAGGGGUGAAAAAGCCAAGAAGCCGCCCCUGAGGCAUCGCAAUCUGCCCCCCUCUUUCUUCACUGAGCCUGCCAACUGCUCCAAAGUCAGCUCCACAUCUGGGAUGACCCUGAAGGACUUGGAACGAGGCAAUCCCGAGGCUGCAGAGUUUUUUGAGCUCUUAGGGCCCGAUUACAGCAACAUGGUCAGUGACCAGGACCUUUAUCAAAGUAUGCCUGUCCGGGUGCAGCAAGAGAUGGGAGGCCCGGAUCCCGCUUCCUACGAUGGGCACCCUUUAAUCGGUGGUCUCCUCUACUCUGAGCCCUGGAUUAGCUGCUCAGGACCCUCUAAGAAACCAGGCCCAACCCAGCCUCCGGUCUACUGUCCCUCUGAGGCUGCUGCUGGGUCCAUAGAGGACAGCGCACUGUGCACUUUGGCCUUCCCCAACUUCUUCACAGACUGCUCCAUACCUCAGGUCACUUAUGAUUUAAGUGGUGGUUAUAACAGAGCUAAUUAUUCAUCUCUAUGAGAAACUGACAAUUCUUAGAAGUGCUGGUAAAGCAGAUACAAUUGCUGUGACAGGUUUAACAAUAGUCUAAGAGAGUUGCAUAUUACUGUGUCAUAUUUGUUUUAUCUGUUGUGGAAGUAAUAUUGCAACUGGAUUUAAAUCAUUUGAAUCAUUCCCUCUCGACAGCAACAAUGUGUUUCACUUUCCCCGAGAGAAACAAGGAACUUAAAAUGCUGUCUUUCAUAAACAAAUGUCCAAAGCUUCUCAAGUAAAUGCAUACCAUGUAGGCCUACUUUUCACCAUCCCAGUUUCAUUUACUACACUGUUCUGUUUAUCACGUGGUUAUUAUUUUCUUUAUCUCAGGCAAAUUUCUAAUGACAUUCUGAAUGAAAAUAUAUCUGACUUUGGGGGUAAGCUUCAGUUUUGCCAGCUGUGUGAGUCUGUUCAUUAGGAUGUAACUUAUUAAUCUGAAGACAUUUCAUUCUAACAUAUUUUACAAAAAGAAGACUUACAUGCUGCAGAAAUAGUUGUUGGUUUAGUCCACUAAACAUCACUGAUUGCUAGAAAAUUAUAUUAUAGAACUGUUUGUCACAUUUGACAAAACAUGCUGCAACAAUCUCUCAGCGAGGCACUUUUUCGUUCCUGUAAGUAACUGUACUGUGUAGAGGGGAAAACUCAUUCUGCUGAAAUGCUUAUUACAACAAGGUGAGAUGCUAUGUUUGUUUUACUACAUUUUACAGCUCGGAAAUGAUUCUCCACUUGUAUCCAUUUUGUUGGAAAAGCCUUAAAUGUAUCUAGCUAUUGUAAGAGGACAAAAUAAAGCUGGUCUUUAUUACCGUGACAACAGUCUCUAUUUUUGUGUUCAUCACUAAUCGUGCUUGUUGAGGUGUGAUUAUCAGAAUACAAGAGCGUACAAAGCAAAAACACAACUCAGAAUAUUUUUAUUGGUGCUUCAUUGCCCUGAUUUGUUCUUAUCUGUUUAACAAUUCUUGCUAGUUUGUUGUAUUUAUUUAAUGCUUUUCUCAUCUUUCUUUAACUGUGAAACACUUUGUAACCAUGGUGCUUUAUAAAUGAAGAUUUACUAUUUGAAUGCAAUCCGAUGCAACUGUCUUCAAAUAAACUAUGACCGAGUUGAUUCAACACACAAACAAAUAAAGAAAAAGUAGUAUUUCCUUCAGGGCUGACACAUUGCAUUGUGUUACAUCAUACAGGUGUUUGUAAUUGUUCUAGUCACAGAAUGUAUUUAAAUGAUGUAAUAUAUAGAAUUCUCUCUAAUAUGUGUACUCGUAUUGAAGAGACCAUUUACUGUAAACCCAAUGCUGGUUAUACCAAUGUGUUUUGUUUGUGUCUGGUUCAAUAAAUUGGAAUUCCAGUCA